CGUAUCAAAUGUAAACUCGAGUGGCACCGUAUUUCUAUUGUAUUUAAAUAUGGAUAUUUAAUUUUUACGAUUAGAAUAAUUAUCCUAAUUUCUUCUAAUCAUAUAUACACGCAAUUAUUUGAAACGUUAGGAUAAUUUAAUAACACGUUUGAUAUGCAUAUACAUACGCACAUAUUAUCGACUCGACAUCCUGCUGCAAUGAUGUGGUCUUCUUAUUUGUAACAACAGUUUGCUCCACAAAACUUCUAUUUUAAUAUUAUAUACUAUGUUUUUAUUUUAAUUAAAUAAUCAAGAAUACAAACGGUGAUCCAACUAAUCUGUGAUAUCAAUAGUUUGUUCUUCUUUAUUAAGUGUAAAUGAAAUUUAUUAUAAUAUCCCUUUUUUGUAAAUAUAUAACCUAAAACUAAAUAUAAACAAUGAAAAAUGUUGCAAACACUAAGGGAACGUUCUCAAAAAAGGAAAAAACUUCUUGCACAAACGCUUGGAGUUUCCAGUGUAGAUGAAUUGAGACAGAUUUUGGGUACUGACAUCGAUAACGUUCAGAAAAAAAAGAUAAAACUAUUGUCGGAUAAAUCUGAAAGUACUGUAAAAGAUGCAAAAGAUGAUGCAGUACCCACGGAUGAAAUCGUGUACAAGGAUUCAUCUACUUUUCUAAAAGGUACACAAUCUUCCAAUCCACAUAAUGAUUAUUGUCAACAUUUUAUCGAUACUGGUCAAAGACCGCAAAAUUUUAUAAGAGACGUAGGAUUAGCCGAUAGGUUCGAAGAAUAUCCUAAACUCAGAGAACUAAUUAAAUUGAAGGACGAUUUAAUAGCAGACACUGCUACUCCUCCGAUGUAUCUCAAAACUGAUCUCCUUAGUUACAAUUUAAAAGAACUCAAUUGUAAAUUUGAUGUAAUUCUUAUAGAACCGCCGUUAGAAGAGUAUCAAAGAACGUGCGGUGCAACGAACGUUCAGUUGUGGAACUGGGAUCAAAUAAUGGAAUUAGAUAUUGGCGAAGUAGCUGCUAAUCGAAGUUUUGUAUUUUUAUGGUGUGGAAGUAGCGAUGGUCUGGAUAUGGGACGUUUCUGCCUCCGAAAAUGGGGUUUCAGACGUUGCGAAGACAUAUGUUGGAUUCGUACAAAUAUUAAUAAUCCUGGACACAGUAAGAACUUAGAUAGUAAGGCUGUGCUUCAACGAACUAAAGAGCAUUGUUUGAUGGGUAUUAAGGGAACUGUGAGAAGAUCUACGGACGGAGAUUUCAUUCAUGCAAACGUUGAUAUUGACUUGAUUAUAUCGGAAGAGCCUGAAUAUGGAUCCAUUGAAAAGCCUGUCGAAAUAUUUCAUAUAAUCGAACAUUUUUGCCUUGGUAGACGAAGAUUACAUUUAUUUGGACGCGACAGUACGAUUAGACCAGGUUGGCUAACCGUUGGUCCAGAAUUAACAAAUACUAAUUUUAAUGCCGAUCUCUAUACCGGUUAUUUUUCCACCGGCCAAAUAACCACAGGAUGCACAGAACGAAUAGAAGCACUUAGACCAAAAUCUCCGCCACCUAAAGGCAAGGUUUCCGGUAGAGGUAGAGGUGGUUUUAAUCGCGGUAGAGGAAGGGGUAGAUGAAUGAAUGUGUAAAUAUUUUUUAACCAACUACAAUAAUUCAAUUUGUAGUUUCUUAUAUAAGAGAAUUGUACCUAUGAGUUGCAUGUGAUUCAUCAAUUGUAUAUGAACUACUCGAUUAUAAUACUUGUACGUGCAUUUUAAACUAAUA